UUGUACGGGCCAUUUCGUGUAAUUGUUCAAUUGCAGACAUACAAAUCCUCUGAUUCACUCGUUGAUCUAUUAUCAUUUCGAUUGACUGGUUCCUUGGCGAACUUCGGUAGGAUCGUAUCGAAGAGUGAAAUCGAGUUGAGGGUUAAUGGUAGUAUAUUAUCACUUAAAGAUGGUCGUAUUGAUAGCGCCACGAGAGGGUAUGAAGCGUUAAAGCAAAUCAAAGGUAUCUUGAGCGAGACAUCAGAUUCGUUACCAACAAGUAGCACUCUCAGCUCUGCGAUUGUUGGCCAAAAUCCCGGAACUGUUGCUCAACUUCUCGAAGAAGGUGUUGAUCCUAAUGACUCGGCUAGUGUGCGUUUUCAUUUGAUAAAACUUAAUUGCUCGUGUUCUUUUUUGGAAGCGUCAAAGGCGUGUACGCCUCGACGAAUUGCUGCGAGAAAAUAUCGUGAGAUUCGAACAGGAGAACACCGGAAUCAUUUACGAGAGAACAUAACCAUAAUCCAUGCCCUCAUGUCUACACACGACUGGAAACGAGGACUUAUCACGUCGAAUAUGAUCAGCGCAACGGUACUACACAAACCGUCUAGUUUUGUGAACGAUUUAUUAUUAAGGCAAGUGAAACAUCGACAUUUGGAAGCAACAUGCGGCGGAACUGUCAUAACUACUGAGGAAGCUAUCGUUAGCGAGGAAAAUUGGGCAAAGAUCUCGUGCUCAUCAUUUAAUUGUGCUGGAAUUUGGUCUGUUUGUGAGCACUUGAGCAUUGAAGCUCAUUCGGCUGAAUUUCUUCUUGACUCCUUCAUCGAGGUGGAUCUGUUUGACGCGAAAAUCGAAGGGAACUGCCACAACGCUGGCACGUGGCAAAUGAGAUUCAUAUCGAUGUCGUUGGAUGGGAAUUUGAUAACUUUGCAAAGCGGAAAAGUAAUGGUUGAUGAAACGGCAGACAUUAGUGCAAUGACGUUCAGUUGUAGUGGUGCAUGGCGAGUGAAUGAAUCGAUCGAACUGAAUCUACGUGGAUCAGCAAAUUUUUUCUCGUCAAGUCAUUUGACGGCGAAUGUGCUCAAGAUGAUCGUCGAGUGUCAUGGAACUUUGGCCGGAUUUCUAGGUGUUGAGAAUCUGUUGGCGUAUAUUCGUAACGAUUUGAUAAGCGCCUCAACGGCGAAAGUGGCCAUCGGCAAUGGAGCGACCAUAGCAACAGGAGCGUUUCGGAACGAUGCCAGUUGGAUAUCAGAACAGAAUCUACACUUGCAUGUGGCAUGUUUCGAGCAGUCCGAAGAUGCGAUCAUUUUCGUCAAGGAUACGUUAAAUAUGAUUAUUUAUGAUGAUUCCGAGGAGAACAGUCAUGGCCGCAUAGUGGCGAACUAUUGCUUGAUCAGAUCGAACAGAAAGUUCCGAUUUGAUGGCUACAUACGAGUAAAUCAAAUCGAAAUCAACUUACCGUUCACGAGUGAGUCGAGAUGCACAAUCGGUGGCCAGCUGGAGAUUCUGGCUGGUCCGUUGAUUCUGUUGGGUCAUAGCGACCUUUCACCAGCAUCGUUCUCAUCGUCAGCGUCAACAACACAUUCGUUAGUGCCGCAUCAGUGGCCUGCGUUCGUUCUUGAAGGUCAACUGAAGGCCGAAGCUGUGAUAGCGCCAUUCUUAGCCGUACGUUUCGGCACAUCAUCAUAUGCUCUCUUGUCGGGAAUUGAUUCGAUUAUCGAAGCACCAUAUCGUGCGUUGGUGUCCGUUGGAUCUUUGCACACAAUGCCAACGUCGUUGAUUGAUUCUGUAUCCACCGACCACUACCCGGAAGGGGUCGANUUCGAAAAUAACGCAGUGCUAUCGGCAGACAAAAUUCACAUUUUGGGUGAUGGCGAACUGCAGAACAAGAAUCGCAUUUUUGCCACUGAUGUGAUGGAUAUUCAGUUGGCGAAUUUUUCCAACGAAAUUGGUCACAUGCAAUCGAAAAAUAUGAAACUGUUGUCGGCCACAAGGGAGUGGACGAAAAUCAACGGUCGCAUUGAGGCGCCAGGGAGUUUGGAUAUAUCCGGUUCGAAGCUUUGUGUGGCCACAAAAUCGUUAGACCCACAAAAAGAAAUACGAUUGAGUGCCAGAGCGCAAGUGUUGGUGAGCAGUGAUGUUAACGACGAAUUCGGAAGUAUCAAUUUAGCUGCCCGAGAUGCGAUUUUAUUCGAAGCGAAUGUGACAUUGGAUAGGAUUGAGUUGACAUUGGGAACUGCAUAUGAGGCAGAAGUGGUGGUCGGUGAAGAAAGAGUGAUUACAGUGAAUAAUUUGCGAAUAACCGGGAAGUGUAGACGCCUGACAAUUACACUAAAUGGAUCCAUUUCAUGUGGCUCGAUGAUUGUUGAAGAUUCAAUUGGUCAUGUUAAAAUCGUUGGUAAGGGAACACUGCACUGUCGAAGGUCACUUAAUGUGGCAGGCGAUGGAAUCGCAUUCCUGCUGCAAGAGCUGUGCGCAAACGAAAUACUGGCCAAAUCGGUGACGUUGGACUCGAAUGUUGGUUGUGCAAAGCUCACACCAUCUGAUGCUGCCCAAUCGUUGUGCGUCUACGCUAGUUCAUGCACACUUCAUGGCCGCAUCAUGAUAGAUGGUAAAAUUUGCCUGAAAGCCUCGAAAGGUAUUGUGAAAAUUGACGGUGACCUAGUGGGUUCGCCGAUGAACAGUGAGUUGAGUGUGGAUUGUGAUGACUUGGUGUUGAGCGGGUAUGUGUCCAAUUUGGAAUUCAUCGAGGUUUACGCCCGCAAACGGAUAGAAUUUUGUGACACGGCCGUGAUUCGUAAUUCGCGCAAUGCAGCCAUGGAGGCUGGUUAUAUUGCGUUGGAUGGAAAAAUAAGAAAUUGUGAAGCUUUACUGGCAACUGCUGACGAGGUGGCCGUUGACGGAACGUUAAGUAACGAUAACUCGAGAGGUGCGUACGCAAUUUUCGGCAAGACGAUUCGUUUCGAUGGUGUGGCCAGCGGUAUUGAACAUUUCGAGUUGAACAGUGCCAAUGAGGUGAUCAUCAAUGGCCGUAUGAGCGGAAUUGGAACCAUUGAAGUGGAUGCUAAAUGGACUCGCUGGCAUGCGGAUGUGACAAACUGCCAUCAUAUAAACGCCGUUUCGUAUUCGAUUGCUUUGAGCGGUGCGAUUACGGCGGAUACGAUGAAAGUGAAUUGUUUGGGGGCGAUUUUCAAUCGUUGCAACGUGAACACUUCAUCGUUUUGUGCAUUGUGCGCACCUUUUGUGUUCACAAUCGGAGAGUCGGCUUCGCUGCCGAGAACCAAUGCGCAAAUAAGUGCGCUAUUGUACGCAAGUGAUAAAAGCGAUUAUGAGUUGAAUAUCUUUGAACCAGAACGGAUUUGCUGGCAACUUCAUUUUGUUGAUGCAGUCAAUGAAGAGCAUUGGGCAGGAUUCAUACUCCAGACGUUCUCAAACCCCAAAUUCACCCUUACAAUUCAGAGCAACAAACUAUUGUUUGCAUAUAUUCAUAAAAGUGAGGGCGAGACAUCUGAAGAUUCCGGUGAUGAAUUGACAACCCGUCAGGAGCAUGCAACGAGUUAUGUGUUGAAUGGUGAUCGAAAAAUUGCAAUAGCAUUCAUAGAUUUCAAGAAAUUAGACGUCGUUAUCUCAAAACCUCGAUUGGAUGUGCCACGACGUACACCUUCAACCUCUGAUCUUGCAUUAAAGAGGCGAAAGGUGAAGAUGGCUUUAUCGAAUUUGGAUUUGCGUUCCUUCGGUAGUGAUUCGUCACUUGCCUCAUUCGAUGCUACCGAGAGUGGUACACCAAUGCGAAUGGUACUAUCGCCUGCUAAACGAUCUCUCAUUCCUCGUUCAUCAUAUCGCAGACCGCUAACAAUCUCUUGA